AUGAAUGCUACCGAAGAUCUCGGAUGGCUAGAUUCUCCACACGCCUUAGAUGCCUCUGUCGAGCGAUUGAAGACUGUUAAGGCCCUGGGGAUUGAUGCUGGAGUCGACUUUCACGGUAGGGUACACAAGGCCAUGGCACUACAGCUCGCGCACAAACUCACACCGCACGAGCCGUUGUUCAUCGAAGAGCCACUGCUUUCCGAACACCCUGAAUCGAUAUCCGCCCUGUCAAAACUUGUGCCAAUUCCCAUCGCUCUUGGGGAGCGACUACAUAGCCGAUGGGACAUCAAGCCGUUCCUUGAGUCCGCAUCAGUGAGCAUUUUACAGCCAGAUAUCUGCCAUGUUGGAGGCAUCUCUGAGCUUCGGAGAAUGGCGACAAUGGCGGAAGCAUACGACGUGGCAUUGGCUCCUCAUUGCCCCUUGGGUCCAAUCGCCCUUGCAGCCAAUAUUCAAGUGGACGCUGUUAGUGCCAAUUUUGCGAUCCAAGAAAUGAGCCUGGGCAUUCAUUACAAUGCGGGCUCGGCAGACAUCGAAACGUACAUCAAGAACCCGGAGGUGUGGAAUGUACAGGACGGACUGAUUGACUUGAUGACUGGGCCUGGCUUAGGAAUUGAAAUUGACGAAGAGAAGGUCAGGGCAGCUUCGGUGAAUGCAGUCGCAUGGCGGAGUCCAGCAUUCCGGGGACCGGGAGGAGAAUGGCGGGAGUGGUAG